UAGGAAUCUUGGCCAUCUCUCUAUAAGACUUUUACGAUGGAACUACUGUGGGUAGGUAUGUAUUCUGGACACUACUACAGACGCCAAUUCGAUGUGGUAUCGCACUAUGUGGUCACCCACUUCAGAGAGAUCUACGCACCACACCGCAUGCACCGACAGACCGACCGUCCCGACGUCGCUACACUGGAAUGUCUGUCGUGAGGCUGGCCCGGGAUCGGGACCGGAAAAUCGGAUCAAGGUGGAGUUGCGUGCCGAUAUCUCGAUCCGAACAGUUGGGAGUCAUUGGCUGUCUCUGACUUACACCGGAGAACCUGGGAAUGGAUAAUGCGUCAUCUUGCCAUAACCCACUUGUAAUCUGAUAUAGGGGGGAGUGAAGUCUCUCUCUUAAGAGGGCGUCGCGGCCUAUCGAUAAUUUUUAUACUCCCGUCUUUUAUUUUUAUUGUUCAUAAAGCUUCAAACUCGCAAACUCUACACCGGAAAGCCUGCUUUUCAGAGUCUUCGAGCUGACCUCUCAGUGGAUUGAGCGCCAAUCAGACCAGGGUGCCAUCAAGGUUCUUGCCGCGGCUCACCAUGGCGAAUGCCAUCCAUCAAUUCAACAAUCCAUUCAACGACACACCGGCUGAUGGCUUCAAAGAAUGAUGUGCGCUCGGGAGCCUGUUCGACAGGUCACGGGAUCGACUAUUAGAUGAGGCGGACAGGUCGGACAGGCGGACUGGGUGGACAGUUCUGCACAGAUGGGCUGGCUAUUGCUGGCUGUAUGGUAAUGGCAUCCCUGGAAGCGAGAGUCACAGUUGGAUGAAACGGUCAGCCAAGGUUCCCAAACGACCUGCGAGAUCAAUCCGCCCAAUCGUUGCCAUGGUUGCCGUACAAUACCACUGUAAUUACGAUACAUCUUGUGCCUGGCCGCUGCUUCCCCGCGCCAAGACGUCAUGAGGCAGGGGAGACCACACGCAAGCGGAGGUAUCACGAUACCCGAUACGGUUACUCUGUAUUUCUCACCGGCCCGUCCGUCGUCAGCAGCGCCACCCUGCCUCUCUGUCUGCCGCCUGCCACAACAAGCCAAGGCUGCGUGGCCAGCCAAGCAGCACCCCAGGACCACCCCAGACCCAGCAACCUUCGUCACCGUUAACCUCUCCCCAUCCAUCUCCAACUGACUUGCUCCAACUCUCUUUCUCCUCCCUCCCCCCUUCCAUUUAACAUCAGUCUUUUGACUGCAUCCAUUUCCCAUCAACACCAUCGCCCACAAACCUACCUCCACACCUGACCGACCCGACGCUCUCUUAUCACCACCGUCUCUCUUUUCCCGCAACCCGCUUAUCGGACUGCCCAACAUGAAGGGCGCUCUUCUUACCGCAGCUGUGCUGCUCGGAGCCGCUCAGGCCGGUGGCACCCACAAGCUCAAGCUCAAGAAGGUCCCUCUUGCUGAGCAGCUGGAGGCGGUCCCUCUCGAGACUCAGAUGAAGCACCUCGGCCAGAAGUACAUGGGCAUCCGGCCUCAGCAGAGCCAUGCCAAUGCUGUCUUCCAGGGCUCGCUCGCCGACCCUAAGGGCAUCCACCCCGUUCCCAUCUCGAACUUUAUGAACGCUCAGUACUUCUCCGAGAUUACUAUUGGUACUCCUCCCCAGUCUUUUAAGGUGGUCCUGGACACGGGAAGUUCUAAUCUUUGGGUGCCGUCGGUGGAUUGCGGGUCUAUCGCCUGCUACCUGCACUCCAAGUAUGACUCCUCUGCGUCUUCGACCUUCAAGGCCAACGGGUCUUCGUUUGAGAUUCGGUACGGCUCCGGGUCGCUCAGUGGUUACGUGUCGCAAGACACCAUGACUAUUGGCGACAUCAAGAUUAAGGAGCAGGAUUUCGCCGAGGCCACCAGCGAGCCUGGUCUGGCCUUCGCCUUUGGCCGUUUCGAUGGUAUCAUGGGUCUCGGUUUUGACAGAAUCUCGGUGAACGGGAUCGUGCCCCCCUUCUACAAGAUGAUUGAGCAGAAGCUCAUUGAUGAGCCUGUGUUUGCUUUCAAGCUUGCAGAUACCGAGGGCGAGUCCGAGGUUACCUUUGGCGGUGUCGACAAGGACGCGUACAAGGGCAAGCUUAUCACGAUUCCCCUCAGACGUAAGGCCUACUGGGAGGUGGACUUUGACGCCAUCUCCUAUGGUGACGACACUGCUGAUCUCGAGAACACCGGUAUCAUCCUCGAUACCGGCACCUCCCUCAUCGCGCUGCCCAGCCAGCUCGCUGAGAUGCUGAACGCUCAGAUCGGUGCCAAGAAGGGCUACACUGGUCAGUACACUGUCGACUGCGCCAAGCGUGACUCGAUGAAGGAUGUCACGUUCAACCUUGCUGGCUAUAACUUCACUCUUGGCCCCUACGACUACGUCCUCGAGGCUGGCAGCAGCUGCAUCUCGUCCUUCUUCCCCAUGGACAUGCCCGAGCCGGUCGGACCUCUCGCUAUUCUGGGAGACUCCUUCCUGCGCAGAUACUACUCUAUCUACGACCUUGGCGCCAACACUGUCAGCCUUGCCGAGGCCAAGUAGUACAAGCCACGGAAGUCGCUUUCCAUCGACGACCCGGCCAGGAGAAAGAAGAAGGGCGGGAGACCGUGAUGACAGGAUGCCAGGAUGGGAUAGGAUGGGAUGGGAUGGGAUGAAUAGCGCAGGGAUCGGAGUUGGUUUAAUUUUUUUUUUUUUGCGGUUGUGGCUUUGGUUUGAUCAGUUUGUAUUUUUGCUGUUUUUGUCGUUUCCGGAGUUGGCACAACACACAUCAUCAUCAAUCAGUAAUGUGGCGGAUGGAAACUGUACCUUACACGUCCAAAGCAACAAGUUGCGCACAGAGUAGUGUUUUCCUUUUGUAAAGUAAUCAUGGGAUAGCAAUCCAGUAAAACAUAUUACUGCAUUAUUUUUACUUUACUUUACUCGGGAGUGUACUAUGCUCCGUACUUCCGUA